AUGAGUCGAGGACGCGGUCGUGGUCGCGUACGCUUCGGCGGCAGUCGGGACUCGAUGUUGGCCGACAUCAUGGACGAGACACGCGAGGACCUGGGGCUCUCGUACGCGCAGAUGGAGCUGCUCCACGCGGAAGAAGGCACAGCGCUGUACCCGCCAUUGGAAUUGCCUCAGCCGGAGGCGCUGACCGAUAGUGAAGCUUAUUUGAUCCAGAGACAGCGUCUCUUGGCUCACAAACUCGAGGCUUUGUACCAUCAUCCGUGGGGAGCCGAAGCUUCCAGCUCGGACGCUGCGGGACGGAAACAGACGUCGGACGCUGCAGCUUUUGUGCACGUGACUGUGCCCGAGACACAGAAGGCUAAUGAAGUGUACGUGCCAGAGGAACUGCAGGGCAAUUCGCUCAGUGGGUCGCGCACCGCAGCAGCAAGAGGCUCGAUGCAUCGCGGCAUUGUGCAGCCGCGUGCGUUUGAAACAGUGUUUCAGACGCUCGAAGCACAGGAGAAGAAGAUUGCAGCUGAGAAGGCCAAGGCGAGCGAGCAGGAAGCCGAAGAUGGCUUGAUAGACGAAGCAGAAGAGGAUCUGGGCGACGACAUGAACGACUAUACGUACGACUAUUACGACAGUGACGCUGUUAGCCAGGAAGGGGACGAAGAAGUGUUCUUCUAG